AUGGGCGACGUUACAAAUAAUGCGACACUACGGGAUAAUGAUAAUAGUGGUAAUGACGAAAGACAUCUAAAGAAAGAGAGUAUCACUGAACCCUUACCCAUUUUACAUUCAUCCACCACUCCAGCGGUGGAAUCUAAGUUUUGCCUAGGGUUUGACAACACCAAAGCUGGGUUGGAAACAGUGGAUAAGGCUAAAACCCAAGCUAUUAUUGAAGAAAUAUCUAAAGGCUCAAGCUUCUACACUAAUGAACAGCGUAAAUCUGAGAUGCGAAAAAAACAUAUUUUACAGUUACAGCGAAAAUCAUCGGAGUUUAAACAAUGUAUAUGUGGAGAAAAGAACCUUUCUAGGUGGAGACACUGGGAAACCAAAGUCCAUCAGGUGGAAGAGGAGCUAGAAGCUGGUCGUCACUUUGGAAAUUAUGUGCAUGUGGACAUGGACAUGUUCUACGCUGCUGUGGAGAUGAAGAAGAACCCCUCGCUGGCGUCUGUGCCGCUCGGCGUUGGCAGCGCGGCGAUGUUGUCGACGACGAACUACGCGGCGCGGCGCCACGGUGUGCGCUCCGGCAUGCCGGGCUUCGUUGGCCGGCGGCUCUGCCCGGCGCUCGUCGUUGUGCCGCCCGACUUCCCCGCCUACCGCGCGGAGGCCGCCGCCGUCCGCCGCCUCGCCGCCGCCUACGACCCGCACUUCACGAGCGUCGGCCUCGACGAGCUCACGAUGGAGGUCAGCGCACACCUGCAGGGGGCGGGCAGCCGCAGUCCACUCACAGCCGCAGACAUCGCAGCAGAGUUCCGCGCCCGCGUGUUUGCAGAGACACAGCUGACAGCAAGCGCAGGCAUCGCCCCCACCGCAACCCUCGCAAAGAUCGCAAGUAACUAUAAUAAACCUAAUGGACAACAUGACCUCCAACUACGCACACGUGAGGAGGUAAUUGCUUUUAUGAAGGAUUUGCCAGUACGAAAGGUACCUGGUAUUGGUCGUUCCACAGAGUGUAUUCUUCAAGGAUUGGGAAUUAAUACUCUUGGCGAUGUUUAUGAGCGGCGUGUUGAAUUAUGCUACAUUUUAACAGAGAAAUUGUUUCGUUUUCUUCUUGCCGCUUCUCUUGGUGUCUCUGGCUGGAUGGAUAGUGGGAACAGUGAGAGUGAUGAUCGAACCACAGAGGCAGAACGAAAGUCAGUUGGACAAGAGCGUACUUUUACAAACCUACAGAGUGGGUCAGAGUUGCAGCAGAUAGCACAUUCUAAUCUUCAGGAUUCCCAUAAAACACUUCUGGAAGAAGAAAUUGUAUGUCGACAGGUUGUUUUGAAAAUUAAACGAACAAGCUUUCAAGUUCAACAAUUUUCUAAAAAUCUACCACAAUAUACAGAUGAUAUUCAUAUCCUUUAUCGAGCUGUUGAUGAGUUGCUUCUGCCUAUUAUGAAUCAAUAUGGUAUGAUUCGUCUCUUGGGUGUACGGUUGACUGAUAUUAUUACGAAAAAAGAAUAUGAGGCACAGCAAAAACAACACCGUGGUAGUAUUCAACUUUCUUUAACAGAUUACUGUAAACGUGACGAAUCGGGGAAACUUUUAUUGUUAACAAGAUCAAAGCAUGCAAGGGAUGAGGAAAGUGAAGAAGCACCAAGUUAUAUUAGUGGUGGUAGUAUUAGCAGCAAUAAUUCCACGGAUGUGGAGAUUUGUGAUUUCUCUGAUAAAAAGAAUGAUAAUUGUGUUCUCGUCAACGACAAUAAUGAUAAUGAUGAUGAUGAUGAUGAUGUUGUUUGUUUGACUCCACUGGCAUCAGUUGAAUUAUGUGAAGAGAGUGAUGAUGAAGAUGAUGUUAUACUGAUAACAUGA